AGUUCAUCACGUUUUUCGUACUUAGUGAUUGCAAAAUGUAAACAGACAGAGACUAAUUGGCAUUUGUCCUCUGAUUCAUUGGUAAAAUUUGUCCAUUAAUUAUAUUUUCCUCAGAAAGAACCGGCUAUUAGUUUCGUUAUUAUUACAGUACCACUAAUUUUUUAAUUAUUUCUUCAUUUUUAUUAUUAUCUGCCGAUUAUUUUUUCUUUGAUUAUCAUAUUAUUUGUUAUUGCUAUUAUUUCUUUUCUGGCAUGGGUUCUCCGUUGCUGUAUUUCGUUUUCAUACUUGACCUAAAAUGUUUUACUUGAAUCGAUAGCCUAUCAAAACAACUUCUCUGGUAUAACAUAACAAUAAUAUUGUGUACACAUUAUCUUCUCGGACAUUAAGAUUACACUUGAUAUGUUGUUGUUUGGAAAAAGCUGCCAAAUUUAUAGGCGUAUACUACAACAUUAUGAAAUAUCAUAUGUAUAUAAUAAGUUUUGUGGAAGCAACAAGAGCCGGCAGCGCCAGAGGCACAGAAGAAGGAUCGAUGACGAUGCGGGUGAAGCAGCUAAGACGUAUAUUCACGGUGAUAAUGCUUGUUUUUCCAGUUCUGGUUGGCAGUAUCCGGAGAACUGACUUCCCUGAUACUUUCGUAUUCGGUUCCGGUUCUUCUGCUUAUCAAGUUGAAGGGGCAGCAUUUGAAGAUGGAAGGACUCCUAGCAUUUGGGACACUUUUGCUCAUGCUGGUGAAUAUGGAGGCGCCACUGCAGAUGUAUCUUGUGACGCAUACCAUAAAUACAAGGAAGAUGUAAAACUCAUGGCUGACACGGGUUUGGAAGGAUACAGAUUUUCCAUUUCGUGGUCGAGACUUAUUCCUAAUGGAAGAGGUCCUGUUAAUCCUAAAGGAUUGCAGUAUUAUCAUAAUCUCAUUGAUGAAAUCGUCAGUCAUGGAAUCCAACCACAUGUUACUCUAUGUCAUAGCGAUUUACCACAAGCACUUGAAGACGAAUAUGGAGGAUGGAUUAGUCGAAGGAUAAUCGAUGACUUCACUGCCUAUGCGGAUGUGUGCUUCAAGGAAUUUGGUGAUAGAGUUUUGCAUUGGACUACCUUGAAUGAGGCCAAUGUAUUCGCUCUAGGUGGUUAUGAUAAUGGAAUGACCCCUCCAAAUCAUUGUUCCCCACCUUUCGGAAUGAGACCCUGCCCCAUAGGUAACUCUUCAACCGAGCCUUACAUAGCAGGUCAUAAUUUACUGCUCGCUCAUUCAGCUGUGGUGAGACUCUACCGGAGAAAAUACACGUCAAUUCAACAUGGUUCAGUUGGAUUAAAUCUCUUUGCGUUUUGGUCCCUUCCUUAUACAAAUAAAACAGUUGAUGUAUUGGCAGCACAACGAGCUUCUGAUUUUUACUUGGGCUGGUUUGCCAAUCCCUUGAUAUUUGGAGACUAUCCCGAUAUAAUGAAGAUGAAUGCUGGUUCUAGAUUGCCCAAAUUCACAAGAGAAGAAUCUAAGCAAGUUAAAGGUGCUAUAGACUUCAUCGCCCUGAACCAUUAUAUGACAGUACGUGUCAAAGACAGGUCCAAUAGCCUGGAAAAUGAUAUCAGAGACUUCAGUGCUGAUGCAGCAUUUGAAUUUAUACUGACGACACAAGGCGCUACACCACCAGGCAUGUAUCAAGUGACAGAACCAGGUCUGCAAGGAGCACUAGAAUAUUUCAAGCAAAAUUAUGGCAAUCCACCUAUGUAUAUUCAUGAAAAUGGUCAAAUGACACCACGAAACGCGACGUUAAAUGACACAAGCCGGAUAGAAUAUCUGCAAGCCUAUAUCGGGAACUUGCUUGAUGCUGUGAGGAAUGGAUCAAACGUGAAAGGCUACUUCACAUGGUCAUUUUUAGAUUGUUUUGAGUUACUUGGCGCAUAUCGUUCUGGAUUUGGGCUAUACUAUGUGGAUUUGAAUGACAAAGAAUUAACAAGAUAUCCAAAACUUUCUGCUCAUUGGUACUCUAAUUUCUUGAAGGGAAAAGGCUUCAAAGAUAGUGCAGUUCUUCAGACUGAGGAUAAACUACUUUAUUCUUCCCAAUAAGUACUUCAAUUUCUUUGAGUUAUGUUGUGAUCUCAAUCCCUUUAGGGAUUUCACAAAUUCUCUAUUGCAACUUUAAUUUUGCAAAUAAGAUUCAUAAUCUAGAAGUUUGAUCGUGUAUCCUUAUACGAGUAUGGAUGUUAAUGUUAACUACUUAAUCUGUCCGCG